AUGGCUAGAGAGAGCAAUGCUCCGGUCGAGGGUAUAACCCCGCGGAAGACGAAUGAGCAGUCUCAGAGCUCCGCCUCCCAGCAUCCGGAGUUUGGCAGACCCUCGCCGAUGGGACAACCUCAGCGCCAACAACCGCCCCAGCGCCAACAACAGCCCCAGCCUCGCCCAGCCAACUCCAACCACCCCUUUAAUAUUCCAAAAUCCAAUCAUUCAAGACCUGAGCAUCACCGCCCCGCCCUCGCCCCGUAUCCUCCUUUGCUACCCAACAACACGGACCAUCACACUACCGACCACAAGCCAGUCAGGCCCUCGGCAUACAAUGAUCACCGCCCCUCGUAUCAAACAGGCGCGACCCCGAUCAAACGCCCCGAGCAUAUCAAUUACACAACACCGGCUGCCCCGCGCCCUAUCUUUCAGUCUAAAGCAGGCCCCCCGAAAGCUUCAAAUGCAUCGAAAAACCUUCAGGCUUUCAUAGACUUGACCCAAGAUGACCCCCAUCAGACUUACAGAGACUCCCAGAGCACUAGCCAUGGGCCUAGCUUUGGCGCCAUGGACGUCAACGGUUACGUUGAUACCGAGAAGGCGAAUGAAAACAUCAAGGCUCUCCUGGAAGGUGCAUUUGAGGAUGAGGAUGAGGAGAAGCCUGUUAAGUCCAAAUCCAAGAAAAAUGGCAAGAAGAAGCAGUCAAAGAAGGCCAAGGCUGCGGAUAAGGUCAAGUCUACUGAACCCGCUAAGGCGGAGAAAAAGGACGCAAGUGAUGACCUUGAUGACCUGGCAGCCCAACUCGAAGGUGUUACUGUCAAUGACCCCAAGACAACCGAGCCGAAGCCUGAGGAGCUUGAUACCAAGGUGCUUGGUACCUCAGGAGGAGCAUCGGACUCGGAGGCAGCGGAGAAGGACGAUGUCGCCGAUCCGGAGGAUGAGGAUGAGGAAGAUGAUGCAGAGGCUGAGAAUGAGGAAGAUGACGAAGAAGACGAAGACGAAGAUGAAGAAGAGGAUGACGACGCAAUCAUCCCAGGCUUGAAAGUCAACCUUCUUCCUCAUCAAGUCGAGGGCGUCAAAUGGAUGUGCAACAAAGAAACGGGACAACGUACGACUAAGGGGAUUUACCCUAAAGGCGGGAUCCUCGCCGACGACAUGGGCUUAGGAAAGACUGUCCAAGCCAUCGCCCUAAUGCUCCAAAACAACAAGUCUGAAUACGAACACAGCGAUAAAUUCGAUUCAUCUGCGGCCAAGAAAGACGAUUAUGCACCACCGGCAGCCAAGCUCAGCAAGACGACACUCGUUGUGGCACCGUUGGCGCUGAUCAAGCAAUGGGAAGGAGAGAUCCUCGAUAAAAUUGAGAAAACACACAGACUUCGUGUCUGCGUGUAUCACGGAACAAACCGUGCGAAAACGGCCACUUCGCUGGGUGAUUAUGAUGUUGUAAUUACCACCUAUGGAACUCUCACGUCGGAGUCUGGAACAGCCGCCGCAGACAAGGCCAAGAAAUCUGGAAUCUUCUCUGUUUAUUGGUAUCGCAUUAUUCUCGAUGAGGCCCAUACUAUCAAGAACCGGAACGCGAAAGCAACUCAGGCAGCCUAUUCUCUGGACGCCAAGUUCCGCUGGUGCCUGACGGGAACUCCUAUGCAGAACAAUCUUGAUGAGUUACAGAGUCUGAUUAGAUUCCUCCGAAUCAAGCCAUACGAUGAGCUGGCUGCCUGGCGAGAUCAGAUUAGUCGUCCUCUCAACAACGGCCGUGGUGGUCUCGCCAUCCAACGCCUACAAGUAUACUUGAAGGCUUUUAUGAAACGUCGCACCAAGGACGUCCUGAAGAACAACGCCAACUUGAAGGCUGGCGCAGACGAGAAGAAUAAAAAGUCGAAUGGCUUCCAUAUCGUCAAGCGUGAAGUCAUCAGGGUCGACGGCGAGCUUAUGGAAGGCGAAUUGAACUUCUACAAACGCCUCGAGAAACGCACAGAAAACAGAUUGGAGGAGAUGAUGGGAGGCAAGCUUGACUAUGCCGGGGCGUUGGUCCUGCUCUUGCGUCUUCGUCAAGCUUGCAACCACCCCGAUCUGGUUAAGAGUGACUUGGCUGCGGAUAAGGACGUUCUUUUGCAGAAUGGCAACAAUGGUAGUCAGUCCAAGGAGACAAAGUCGAACGAUUUGGACGACGUGGCCGAUCUUUUCGGUGCUUUGAGUGUCGUCACGAAGAAAUGCGAUGUUUGCCAGACCGAACUCAGCCAGGAGGAAGGAAAGAGUGGCGCAAGCCGCUGCGGCGAGUGCGAGGCCAAUCUGAACACGGAUUUCAUGACCAAGACUAAGACCAAGAAAGACAGGUCAAAGAAGAAGAAGAAGCCUCACCGACAUCUCAAGGAAGCCGCCCCGGAAGCCGCCUCCCAAGCAGCGCGAUCCCGCAAGAACCGACGUGUCAUUCUGGAUAGUGAUGACGACGAGGAGGAUGAGGAGGCCGAGUGGAUUGUCCCAGAAGACAAACGCGACAUGCCAAACCUCGGCAAGGCUGGAGGCUCUGAAGAUGAAGAUGCUGAAGGCGGGGGAGACUGGCUGGGCGUAUCUGACUCGGGUACAGAAGACGAGAUUGAUUCUCCUUCACGCAAAAAGAGCCAGCCUAUCAUUUUGAGUGAUUCUGAAGAUGAAACAGCAUCCGAAUCCGAAUCCGAAUCCGAAUCCGAUGAGGAUAUCUAUGAAACCCCCAUAGCAGCUGACGGCGUGCUGCCUUCAACCAAGAUUCGCCACUUGAUGAAGAUUCUCAACAAAGAGUCGGCGGACUACAAGUUCAUCGUGUUCUCGGUCUUCACGUCCAUGCUCGACAAGGUUGAGCCUUUCCUGAAACGCUCUAAUAUCGGCUUCGCUCGUUACGAUGGUGGAAUGAGAAACGAUCACCGCGAGGCGAGUCUGAACAAGCUUCGCAAUAACAGCGGUACCCGUGUGCUUCUCUGCAGUCUGCGGGCCGGUGCCCUUGGUCUCAAUUUGACCGCAGCCAGCCGCGUCGUGAUUAUGGAGCCGUUCUGGAAUCCUUUCGUGGAAGAACAAGCUAUUGAUCGUGUUCAUCGACUCAACCAGACAGUCGACGUCAAGAUCUAUAGAAUGAUCAUUAAGAACAGUGUCGAGGAGCGAAUCGUCGAUCUCCAAAACCGAAAGCGUGAACUCGCUAAUAUGACCAUCGAAGGCAAGUCUGCCGCAGGCAAGCUGACCAUGCGCGACAUGAUGGCCCUGUUUGGUCGCGAUGCGGAGUCUCGUUUCGAGGACAAGCAGAACACUUUGGACUUCAAGAAGCCGAGCGUUCUCCGAGGACCUGACGAAGACAAAGAUUAUGCCCCUUCUUCACAGAAUUCAGCCCGUUCUGAUUCCCGAGAUCAGGCGCGGCGGCAACAGUCGAAUCGUUCCAGCCCAGAGGACUCGGUUUAUGGUCGGCGUUGGUAG